GUACAUUGCGGGAGGCAUCAGAGUGUAUUAUAUUAUCGGCUGGUACCACUUAAGUCGCUGGAUUACGUGGCAUUGUCAAUUGUGAGAAGCGAGCUCACUUCCCAGAAGAGGACCCCAGGAAUGUACGCGAGGGGGUCAGCGCUGAAGGCCUUAUCUAAUCUGUCGACCUGGGCAAAGGCGCAGCAACAGCGGGGAGUCCGCGUUACCAACGGGGCAGCCAGUGUCUACAGUUCUGGAGCGUACGAGCCUGGAGCUCACGUGACCAACGGCACUCAAGGCGUAUUCACUGUUAGUGGUCAACUUGACACGGAAUCGCAGUGUGGGAGAAAUUCCACGAAGAGGAGGUGUUGCGGAAAAAAGGCCAUGGUCGCAGGAGGCAUCAUCACAACGUUUUUGGUCAUCGCUGGAGUGGUCCUGGGCACAGUCUUUGGUCUGGACCUUGUGCCAACGACCAGUGGUCAUCACGCCGAACCUUCGACAGGGCCGGCAGUAUUACCUGGGCCGCCUUGUGACACCGAGCAAUGCCAGGCCGUAUCUACCUUGUACAGCCGGACGCUGUCAGAAAAACACGAUCCCUGCGAUGACUUCCACAAGCACGUUUGUACGCGUUGGAAGCUGGCCCCGAGUUCGAAGUUGACAAGUGUGUUUCGUCAACAGGCGCUAUGGAUCACGAGAUCGGUGAUCGCUUCCUUGCGGAACACUUCAGUUCCCACGGAUGGCCAGACAGCAAUACAGAAGGUGGCCGGACUCUUUCAGUCCUGCGUGGAUCUUUUCGGUGAUGACGAGCAUGCCCCUUCAGGUCAAAACCCCAGUGUGGAUAUCCUUAACUUUCUCCGUGAACGCAAAUCAUCAUUUGAAGCUCAGUCUGACGUGGACGCUGCAUACUUGAUGCUUGAUUUUCCUAUUACCUACGGCCUUCCAACAUUAUUCAAUGUCAGGGUUGACACAAUCCCGGGUAAUGCGGAGCGACUGCACGUUAUUCUCAGCAUGCGGCGGUCACUAUACGACGGGCAACAUGCAACGCACAAAGCGAUUGAGGAGCACCUGCGGUGGCUUGGACUGGACGCUGCCCUCAUACGGCAGCUGACCCCAACAAUAGAAACAAUUGACGAUUAUCUUUUGAAGCUGGGCCGCGACGCCUACGAGGACGAAGAGCCAGAUGCAAGGAACAGGUCGGUUCUACUGCUGCGUACUAUGGAGAAAGCCAUCCUCGGCAGAAAAGGUGGCAACUGGAACCACUACUUGGGGAACAUCACAAACGGGCUGCUGCCUGGGGAACAUUAUGUCACGUUCGAGACGCGAUACUUGGUGCUAUUUUUGACAAAGGUGUUUAGAAUGAUUCCCAACUUGAACGACCUUCGCAUCUGGAUAAGCUUCGAUCUGUCUAGGCAGCUGAGGCAAAUGGUCCACGUCAGUAGAACCGGUUCGUUUACAAUGAGCAGCCCCAUUUCCCAGUGGGAAAGCAGCUGCCUGAAGCACACAUCUAAGGUAAUGGACAAGGCAGCUUACGCCGCCCUUUAUCACAGGUUGAUAAAUACAGACACUAUUUUUAAAGCCCAAGAAAUGGUGUCUAGCAUUGCGGAAUCAUUGAAGACUGAAAUAGCCGAAUCCUCCUGGAUGGAAGACGGCACGAGAGAAAUAGCCGUAAGAAAACUCGUCAAGAUGAACAAGGUGGUCGGCUACCCGGAGGGUGUGGAAGAUGACGAAUCGCUCAACAAGUACUACGAGAUGUUCGAUAAUACUGGACCCUCGUUUGUGAACAGCUGGCUCAGUGCCUCACGAUCGGCUAGUAGAAAAGCGUUAGAGCGUCUUUCGGAGCAUCCAGCCCAGGUGAGCGUCAACGACGACAUGGCCAUGGUAAACUCUAUAUACAAGCCACCUUUGAACACUAUGGUUGUGGGCAUGGGCCUUCUUCUUCCGCCUUUCUUCGGUACGGUCCCCGCCGUCGACUACGCCUCGGCGGGACAUCUAGCCGCACAUGAGAUGAUGCACGCUUUCGACGUUUCGAACCGGCGUCGAGAUGACAACUACGUGGAGAGAGAUUGGUGGACCCCGGCCUCUAAAGCGGAGUACGAAAAGCGUGUCGAAUGUAUUCGAGGCUCGAUGGGAGAAGAGUUGAGCGCGCCGGACGACAUUACCGAUUCUGAAAUGAUGGCAGACUUCAUCGGAAUAUUCGGACUCUACAACGCCUACCUCAAGGCGAAGCAGGUGCCCGACGCAUCGUUGGAGCUGCAGGGACUGCCUGGAGUGACGAGCGACCAGUUGUUUUUCAUCGCGUUGUGCUACAAGUGGUGCUCAAAUUCCCGUGCGACCGAGCGCUAUCCGGACUUCAGUGUAAGGUGCAACAUGCCCUUGAUGAACAUGCCACAGUUUUCGGAAGCCUUCAACUGCAGCGCUGAAUCUCGAAUGAAUCCGCCAGAAAAGUGCACCUUCUGGUGAAUAUAUCAGUGGGUAUCACAUUGUGGCCGAAAGGGCGUAAGGUACACGUUGCACUACUCUCUAGAAGCGCAGAUCUGUGCCUUAUGUUACACGUUCGCGUGCCGGUGACGAGGACACUCCUUUUCCCAUCCCCACGUUUGCGCACACACACACGGAUACUCCCAGAACACUCAAGGACUGAGUGCACCUCUGAGCAAACGUGUUUACUGCCUUGAAUACAUUGGCUCUCGAGCCUCAGACCUCAUCCUGGGUGAUCGUAUUACCAUGUGGCUGUGAGUGAUACGGGUUGUGAACUGGACACCACCUGAUGUGAACACCUGAAGGUUAUUAUGUGGCAUACACACCAACAUACAGACAAUUCUUGUGUGAUGUCGAGUUCAUCCUUAGCACUACAAAACGGAUGUAUGUACCUGUUUUUGUCAGCCUUCAUGUGCCUUGCUCUUCUUUCUUCUGCUUUAAAAAGCAGAACUCGCUUUGUGACAACAUCCUAAGUAUAGAGUUGAUUCUUAGCUUUGAGAUUUUCCUCUAUUGUGGUAUGUUUUUUAGUGUUUUUUAAGGGGUGAGCGAAUAUUCGAAAAAGUUGAAUAACAAAUCGAACUGAGUUGUUCACUACGUGAAUCCAAUAGCUUAUAUUUGAAAUACAGAAUAUUUUUCGAAUGGUUUUCAAAUAAUCAACAGUGAUGAAAAACUGAGCAAGACACAGUGCGUUGAAAUAGAGAACUAUCAGUGUUCAUGCAUGGAUGAGGGAAAUAAAAUUUGCAUGCAGUUCAAGCUUUCACUAGAAUAUCGACUCAUCAACGGAUGAAAAUUUUUUUGCUUAACACUGCAGUGAUAGAGAAGCGAACGUGUCUUCAACGCACUACCGCAAGAAUGAGGUUCAUAUCGUUAAUUCGUGAAAUAUUAUUUACCAUCUAUAUCUGAGUGUUACUAAAAGCCGGUGACAAACUAACACUUCGACUACUGAAGCAACUUCUGUGUUAACCAAGCAGUCGAAAACACCUCUGAGGCUCUAGUCGCUACUUUGUACGACCUUGCUUCAGAUUAUGUAAAUGGGGUAUAUUUUCUCUAGUAGAUGUAAUGGUAAUGGUACUUUGGUGAAGUUUACAAAUAACUGCUUUAAAUAAAAAGUCGUUGAAAGUCGUAGAAAUAAAAUUCGGUCUUGAAAAUUGUUUGCUUACUAUUCGAAAAUUAUUUGACUAGGAAUCGCUAAGGUAUUGUAUUCUGUGCAGAAUUAUAACUAUUCGAUUCGCACUCGAUUCUAUUUCAAGUUUCGCUAUUCGCACAUCCCUAGCUUUAGAGGAACUUAUAGUAUUGUUGAUUUAUUGUAUUAGAACAAAGAGGGCAUUAUUUAUUGAGCAAGCACUGCUAGUCAGCUGCGAAUGCUUUGCUUUAUUGCUUUUCAUGAAGAUUUUUCCUGACAUUGUUUAAGAAAUGACUGGACAAAACAGUUAGGCAACGAAUGUGAAAAUGCAAAUAGUUAUGUACUGUUCUUAGUUUUCAGAUUUUAUACAAAUAAUUUAUGAAAGGCAAGGUGCAAGGCAAGAAGUGGGUGAGCUUGCGUCAUCCCAGAUCGAUAAUGGGCGCCCUGGUAAUAUUUAUUUUCUUAGUGCACCUCGCUGAGCGAUGACACUUCUUUGUUUACUGUUGUCAUAGUUUGUUCAUAGUUUUAAACAUACAAGACCACAUGUUGUGUCUGUGCCAUAGUCGAAGCCGUCAUGACGUGGUAGGCAGAUGAAGCUAAUAUACACGUACUGCCAAGAUUGACUAUUCUGGGUUGUGAGUGAAAUGCAUCCUGCUCAUAGGCGUGUUGCCCUUCAUGGGGAGGGGUAAAAGGGGAAGAGGAUUUGUCGCAAUGCGCCCACCCUCCCUAUAACGUCAAUGCUAGGGCUGAUUUUGUGCCACCUAUUAGGCGAUUGGAGAAGUGCCCUCCUCUCCCCCCCCCCUCCCCGUGUGCGCACAAAUAAUUCUGCUCAAGCGAUUUGUUAUCAAGAGUUCGUUAGCAGUGACGCAAAUUGUCAUCAUCACUGUGUUACCCUCUGCUAACUGGCAACUAUAGAAAACGCGCACGUUGAUAUUCUGUCGAACACCACACGUAGGCUCACUGUGUGCAUGUCAAAGAAACAUAAAUAAAAAAGCAAGCCACUCAUCUUUGCUUCGUUGGAGGCACUAAUGUAGCCAUUACUGACAUCCUAGCUCAAGUUACACGGUUCACACGCCUAUAAGCUUAAUUUCGUCCAAUUCGAAUAGUUCUCCAAAAAAAAUAAUAAUAUAACUUGAUUCGUUGACUUUUAUAUGCCUAAGUUCGAUUAAAUAUGGCCUAGCUUGUAAUACGUCAUAUUGCUGCCUAAAUGAAAAUGUUCCCAAGACAUACGUAAGACCAGUACUGCUCCUUUUUAUAAUGCCUUGCGGCAAUAUCUAGCUGUUUUUGUCUGUGUAUUUAUAGACUCGUCAGUCCAUGCUUACUCAUGUCUGUCAAAUAAUAAUCAUCCGUCCCACAAAGCAAGCCCAUUACAGCCGAAUGAAUUUACUUUUGGAGCACCUGGAAUUUCGCUCAGAAGGCCAUACUAGGCUACAUGCCUUUAUUUACGUGGUACAGCAAUGACGCACCUAGUUUCUACCGAAAUAGGGCUGAAAUCUGGCUAGCUUCGUCAGGGUGCUGCGAAUGUUCGUAGCCACAAAUAAUGGAUUGUUAAAACUUCUGAGAUUGUGAAUGUGAUAGGCUAGUGAACCAUCGGGGGGCACAAUAUAGCACAUGAUGCUUUUAUCUUAAAUGUGCCUGGCAGUUUAAAAUAUUUCGUUGAUUGAUAUGUGCGGUUCAACGUCCUAAAACCGCCAUAUGAUUAUGAGAGACGCCUUAGUGGAGGACUCCGGAAAUUUCGACCACCUGGGGUUCUUUAACGUGCGCCCAAAUCUGAGUACAUGGGCCUCUGAGCCGGGUAAAAUAUCUCGUGCCUCCUAAUGCAUAAAAAUAAGGACGUAAAAUCAGAAUGUGGUGCGGCUUCUUGGUGACGUGAACCUGUAUUGCCGGCACCAACAAAUUUUAGUGGAUAGCCUUCGCACUGUCGGUAGGCGUUUGAUAAGCAGCUACUAAGUUUAUUCUACGCAAAGCCAUUGGAAUCAGCAGGGCAAAUGUAAUGCUUAAAGUCCGGAUGCUUUUCAUAAGAUCCUGUAAGUGGGUCGGCUUUGCGAGGAGCGUGUACACUGACAUUCAUUUUGUAGACGACGUGACAGACGGGAACAUGUAUUCCACCUAUUUUGUUUUGUGUGUAGUCAUGUUAGCGCUCAAGCAAUGUUUACUUGCCAUACACAGAGUGGCAACUACGCCCCGACAGAAUGAGCUGUGUAGUGAAAUGUGUUGUUCCUAUUUCUACAACUGUUCUAUUGUCUGAUAGAGACCUGGUUGUGUAGCACUUGUUAACUUGCUAAUAAGCUGCCUGUGACUUACAUUCCAGAACUAUGCAAUAGCAAGAAUGGGCGCGCUCAAUAUGGUUGAAAUCUCAAUAAAGUUUGUUUUGUACAUGACA